AUGGUGUCCUGCGACCAGUUACCAAACAGUUUACAAAUAACAAAUCUAAACUGCCAAUCUACCAAUCAUUUGGACGUGUUAUCAGAAAUAAAAAAUACCUAUGAAUCUAUUUUCGCGUGGGACAUAUAUGAAAAAGUAGAAAAACUAAGAAACAGUCCGACAGAGAUAUUGAGUAAAGUAACAGAAAAAGAAGGUCUUAUAUUUGAAAAUAAUAACAAGUUUAAUUUCGAUAGGUAGGAGGUAUAAUGCUUAUUAAAAUUGUAUAAUGCCAUUUAAUUAAUUGACUUUUUUACUUCUAGUAUGUACCUAUGUCUAAUAAGAUGUUACGAAACAUUUUUAAAUGGUGAUUUUUCCCAAGCUUUAUCUCAAAUCAAUGACUUAGUUCAAAUCCUGAAAUGUACUAAAAUGGAUACAUUUUUCCAACCGAUUUUAAAUGCCUGUUUUCAUGUAAUAUAUGCAACCAAAGCAUAUAUAAUGGCUUUUUUAAAUGAAAAUACUCAGCAGGUUAACAGUAUAUUAAUAAGUAUAAUCAUAGUUAAAAAUAUAUCUGUAUUUACAACCCAAUUGCCUACCGAUAAUUCUAUUUGAAGAAAUUAAAAUUAAGUAUAAGCAAAUAAACAACUUUAUAAAAUAGUAUAAUAUUAUAUUCUUAUUUUUAAAUUAUUAUAUUUUUGAUUAAAUGUACAAUUUGUAUAAUAUCAAAAAUCGCCUAAUUAUAAUAUUUUAUUUCAGAUACUCAAAGAUAUAAAACCAUGCUUAAGUUUCAAUAGUGUAGAGAAAGCAGCGGUCUAUGCUAUCAAAUCUAAAGUAUUUUUAGAAUAUCCAUAUAAAGGCAAUAAAAUUGCUUUAAGGUUAGCUGAGUUUGCCCGAGAUUUCAAUAGCACUGAAAAUCAUUGGAUAAUUAUUUGGUUAAUCGCCAAAGGACGUCAAAGAAGAUUUGAUCGUGAUCGAACUCUACCAUUUAGAGAUGAAUUAGAAGCUGCAAAAAAGUUAUGUUCUUUUGAAGAUAAUCCUGAAUUUUUAUUAAGUGCAUCAAAUGUUUUCUUAGAAGCAGGUUUGGUACUUAAAAUCCACAAAAAAAAAAUAUAUUCAAAUAAUAUAGAAUCAAAGAAAUAUUUCAAAUUAGCAUCUAAUCUAAUACUGUAAGUAUUUGACUUGAAUAUUGCUUGAUAAUAUUACACGAUGAUUGAUAAAAGUAUUAUUUUAAUUUUAUUUUGUACAGAAUAGUAUACAGACAAGCGAAAAAUAAUCCAAAUAAUAUAAAGUUAUUAUACGAUUGUCUUUGUUUAUACACUAGUUUGCCAAGCAAUUUUCGUCAUGAUUAUGCAAUAAGUGAUAUAGUUCAUAAAUUGAGAGAAAAAAAUAAUCACAGAAUUAAUGAAGUUCUGGGAAAAUUCUUUCUGAAAAUAUUAAAAGUGCGUUAAUACAUUUUUAUGUAUAAAAAAUAUAAAUUGUCUAUAGUUACAACUUUAUAAGUAUAACUUGUAUUUGUAUUUAUUUUACAAAAGAUACGGACUUAAUGCCAAACCAAAUACACUUUUUGUAAAAUAAACAAAAAUUAUAGUGUACAAUUAAAUACAAACAUACAAAAAAAAAUAAUAUAUGCAUUGAUAUUAUUCCUCAUUUUUGUUUGAAAAAUUACUCUUAUAAUUAAAAGAAUAUCGAGAAAGAAUGGUUGGAAUUUGCUAAAGACAUGCAGCGGUGGAGAGAAUCAUUAAGACCAUAAUUGGUUACAAAAAUAGAGAGUGAAAAGGAACAGACAAGUGAGAAGAAUGGAGAGGAACUCUAAGGGAAAUCUUUGAGAGUAAGAAGUGCGAAUUUGCCCGUUCAACAAUUUGGCCAUAAAGUCAAGGUUACUUGUGUGCCUACGAUAAGCCAAUGUUUCCAACUCAAGGAACUGGAGGAUAGGUGUAUGCGGUGGACACUUAAUCUCAAAAACAUAACUAACAUAAUUUAAACAUUUUUGCUGAACACGCUCAAGCAUAAGUAAGUUAUUCACCUUCAGAGAGUCCUAAAUGACAGAUCCGUACUCUAAAAUUGACCUGACAAGUGAAUAAUAAAGAGCCUUUAAAGGAGAUUUUAGCAUAAAUUCUAAAGGAACACGCUUCAUAAGUCCUAAAGUCUUGAGAGCUUUGUAGCAUACCCGCUCCACGUCCAUGUUAAGGCUGAUAGUCAAACUGAAUACGAAACAAAGAUCAGUGACGGAUUCCCGAAAUGAAUCAAAGGAUAACCCAUUUAUGGAAAAGUUAAACUUCAACGGGAAUAAAAUAACUUUAAAGUUAAUUUGAAAUGGUAGUCUUCUUAAUAUUAAGUAAUAUUGUUAAUUAAAUUUUAAAAAUAAAUGUUAAAAAAUAUUGUUUGGUAAUAUUUCAAAAGUUUAAUGCAUUUUCACAAAUUAAAAAGUUCUAUUUUUAUAUUUUGGAUCGUUUGAAAAAAAAAAUCUUACUUUUAUGAUAUCAAUAAAUAUUUAAUAAUUUUGUAAUAGGAUAUUUAUGCGGUGUAUAUUUUGAUACUUAUUUAUUUUUUAUAGGAUUAUAAUAUGGCAAAACAAUAUUUCACUAGAGGAUUUUUAGGUGGAUCGUUUUCAAGUUCAUUGCAGUUAUUGAAAGUUGAAUGUCUUUUAGAUUCUGAUAACAAUUUCUCUAUAGUACUAUACUUGGACUUUUUAUAUGAAUUGUAUACUUGCCCAAUGAGAAGACUUAUUAUUGUUAAUCAAAUAUUAUUGUAUUAUACUUAUAUAGAAGCUAAUCCCAAAGCAUUAAUCAACUAUUUAGAUAUCUAUUUGAAUCAAGACAUUGAUUAUGUUCAAAAGAAGCAACAAAUUAUUGUGAGUUGUAUUUUCGAAAAUAUAUAUUUUUUAAUAUAAAUAACAACACAUUUUAUUUUACAAUUACAUAUAAAAUUGGAUGUAAUUACAUUAUAUCCAAUUAUUUUUGUAGUAA